AAAUGAACUAUGCAGGUGCGUGUUCCAACAGAUGGAUUUACCUAUAGAACUGCACCUUCUCUCAAUCAUUUGCCUCCACCACUCAUUGCGCCACCCGCAUUCCCUCCACUUUUGAAUGCGUGGUUGAAUCCUAGUGUCACUUACACACGCGUCACUGUAGAAGAUUUACUUGGGACAACAGCGAUUAUUGUACCACCGGUGCGAUCGCAACUUAAUACCUCCUCAAUUUUCAACCCACAUUAUCAUUGUGCGCCGGCAUUUGCACAGAACGUUGACUCCUGUCAAAGUGCCACUUCAAGUAGAUUUUCAUCUAAAACAGUGGUGUCGCAGAAGCCUCCGGCAAUAUCGUUUUUCAAUAGGGUCAACACGUAUUGCGGAAAAUAUCCGACCUCAUCGUUCAAUGAAGAUCGCUAUGAGAAUAGAAGCUUAGAUACAAGUCUUGUUGCUUUCACUACAAAACGCGACUUUCUCAAUGAAGAGAAUAGAAAGUGUCAUCGUGAUAUUGCGAAAAUGAUAUGGGAAGCAGAAGAUCUUUACGACAAUGCCUUAAAAGUCAUACGACAACGUCGAAAACAGUGGCGAAGAGAGCGAAAGCGAAAACUCCCAAGACACAAUCGUCAACAACCAUCCUCAUCGUCGUCGUCAUCCUCGCCAAUACAUACUCGAGUGCUCAACCACUCCGAGGAUGAUAACUUUUUGUUCGAACCCGAUGUCAUAGUGAAUGAAAUACUUGCGCAUGCUCAGACUGAGGUUGAAAGAGAUGAUAGCUUUGACAAAGUGCCUUUUAUUCAUCUCGUUAAAGACCGUACCAAAAUCACUAUAGAUAGUCUUAACGAGGAAAAUAAGGCUAACGUAGAAGAAGAUCGCCUAGAUUUAAAGAAUACUGAGCAAACUAAACAGGAAAGUAUCACUAUGUACACAUUUAGAGGAAAAGAAGUAACGAUGGCUGAUAUAGCUGAUGCACUUUUUGACAUGGAGAAAGGCUUGCAUGAAGGAACCGAGUACCAAAUCAAAAUGAAUAAACAAGCUCUGAGGAACGCAGUUGAAUGUAUGCAACAGUACAUAAUGGAGGAACUUAAGCUUGUUCCCGCUGAUUUCGUUAGAGUCAAGAUUCCCAUUGCUUCAUGUGAAGCAUCAAUCAAUUUGGACGGACAGAUUAUUGAUUGCAAAAAAACAUGUUCACAAGGGGACUUAGACUACUGUAUGAGCCGCAAAAAGAUUAAGUUUGAAAAAAGGAAAUAUGGCGUUUUGGCGUGCAAUGAUAGGGAAGUGACCGCGGACGUGAUAGUAAGAGCCAUAGCAAGGCUAAUAAGUAAAAUAUACGGAAGAAGACCACCUUUUAAAAUCGCUAGGCCAGAGCUAGUAGCAUUUGUGGCUCGAAAGAAGAGCAGGUUGCUCAAGAUGCUCAAAAAUGCAAAAGGUAAAGUUGAUUCUUCAACGCUCAAGAUUGCCUCACACCAUCCUAAGAAACCAUGCCGCUCAAUAAAAAGGAGAAUAAGACCUAUUUUUCUAUUGAGAAAAAGUUCCAAUUUAAACGCACUUAGAUUGAAGACCAUUAAGAAGAAGGAAGAAGAAAGCAGUGUGAUUGAUCAAGACACGUUAUCUAAAGAGCAUGAGAAUCAGCACUGUGAAAUCGCAGUCUCUUCAAGUCCAACCAAGAUUGGAAAAUCAGUCGUUAAGUGCAGAAAUCUGGUAUUGGGGAGAUUAGAACGUCAUAUGUUUCGAACUACCAGAAAUCCGCUAACUCCAAGAUCUCUACGGACAGCUUCUAGGAGAAUGAGUAUGAUUAAAGGCUCCCCAAAGAAAUUCCGGCAGGCCCUGAUGAGAAUAGUUUCACCCAAGAAAGAGGAAGAGAUAACAGAUGAAGAAAAGAGUGCAGAUGCUGUAAGCAAAAACCUGCAACGUAAUCCACUUACACUUGCCGACUUUCUAUCAUAUCGCGGCUCGCAAGCAACGGCCACCUCCAGUAUAUUUGUCAGAACAGUUGAAAAAAAGGCAAAGAAAAGAAACAAGAAGGGAUGGCGGAAGUCAUGGAUUUGAAUUAUUGUAGAAAAAACGUGAAGUGAUACUUACAUAACAAG